AUGCUGCACAGUGUUAUGCUAGGCUACGGACCGGGACGUGGGAGAAGAGAUAAUUUUCCCGGGUGUCAUCCAGACCGGCGAACAAGGCGAUUCAGGAUGAACCGGGGCGAGCAGGAGACUCUGUUCAGGCAGAGUCGUCAACUCACCAGGAUAGUGUCCUCCCGCGAGGACUUGGUCCUCAGUGUUCUCAAAGCCCCCAUCAGCCAGCAGCAACAGCAGCAGCAGCAGCAGCAGCAGUCUUGCAGGCAUCAACAGUACUUGCACAGCCCCCAGGAGCACCAAAACUCCCUCCCGGACCAUCAGAGUCACCACAAAAAAUGCCCUCAUCAAGGUCAAACUUACAACGAACGUCUUCCAAAGCAAAAGUCAGAGGAUCAAAACACGCGACUGACGGAGAAGCGGUACAGCGCGGCGGCGGCUUAUGCGGCGCUCCAGGGGAGCGAGGACGAGCUGGUCUCCUGCGACACCACCGAAGACUUUGCGCUAAAAACGCCCGGGAGUGAAACGGAGGACACCGACAACGGGGUGAACACGUUAGAGGACAACCCAACGCCGCGAAAGUUCACAUUCCUCAAGCGGUUCCGGUCCCCGAGGUUCGGAGAAGCCCAUCACAAGCGAGUUCCCACCCCUAUGAAGAGAAAGCACCGCAGAAAAAGAAGCAAAGGGGAUAUUAUUAGCAGAAACGACCCCGGCAAUGACGUUGGCGGAGAGGAAGAGGAAGAGGAAGAGGAAGAAGAAACCCCGAUUCCUGUUCAAGCCGGCGUACCUGAUCCCUACUACCCCAUUUACUUGCCCAUUGAUCAGGCUUUUAAGGCCAAGUAUGUCUUUCAUCACAAAAAGGGAAAAACAUUUCAAGAACGGCUUUAUGUUUUUCUCGAGCAUCCUGGCGGCUGGAUUUGUUUCGUUUAUCAUUUCACUGUGUUCAUGGUGGUAUUGGUGUGCCUCAUAUUUAGCGUACUGUCAACGAUAGAACAAUACAGUAAUUUCGCAAAUGAAACUUUGUUUUGGAUGGGUUCUGAGGUGAUAUUUUUUUGGUUUCAGGAAAUAUGCUUGGUUGUGUUCUUCGGCGUGGAAUAUAUGAUAAGACUAUGGAGCGCCGGCUGCAGAUUCCUUCAAAUUCUGCGAAUGCUCCAUGUCGAUCGUCAAGGUGGUACUUGGCGACUUCUCGGAUCCGUCGUAUUCAUUCACCGUCAGGAAUUAAUCACGACGCUCUAUAUCGGAUUUUUGGGGCUGAUAUUCAGCAGCUACUUUGUAUAUUUAGCCGAAAAAGAUGCCGUGGGACCUGAUGGCAAGACUGAUUUUGCCAGUUAUGCCGACGCCCUUUGGUGGGGUGUUAUUACCGUCACAACGAUAGGGUACGGAGACACUGUACCGCAAACCUGGAUGGGGAAAAUAGUCGCCUCCUGUUUCAGCGUGUUCGCAAUAUCAUUCUUUGCACUUCCAGCGCUAAUUUCAUAA